AUGAAGCUCCGCAAGGUCUCAACACCCUUGCGCCAGCUUCAACGACAGGCUAAUCGUCAAGCCUCAAGCUUCUCAACGGCGGCCAGACCCCGGGCGCCCGCAACCACAACUCUAUUAUGCCGAUGUCUUGCGCCAACAGCGCCGGCGCCGACGCCCUCCUCGCCUCGGGCUAGGCGCGCCUACGCGACGGCAGCGACGACAGUACCGGCCUCCAGCUUCCUCUUCGGCCAGCCCGUCCACGAAACCCACCCCCAUCUGCUCGCGCCCGGCGAAUUGACCCCGGGCAUAUCGGCCCAGGAGUACCACGAACGGAGGGCGCGCCUGGUGGCCGCAUUGCCCGAGGGCUCCGCCGUCUUGCUCCCGUCCGCCCAGACCCAGUACCGCUCCGGCGCCGUCUUCCACGCCUUCCGCCAGGAGAGCAACUUCCUCUAUCUUACCGGAUUUAGCGAACCCGAGUCGCUCGCGCUCAUUGUCAAGACCAGCCCGCAGGACGGCGACUACAUCUUCCACCUGUGGUGUCGCCCGAAGGACCCCAAGCAGGAGCAAUGGAACGGGCCGUGGAGCGGCUUGGACGCCGCGCGCGACGUGUGGAACGUCGAUGAGGCUGGCGAUAUCGGCAGGCUGGAUCAGGGGCUUACUGCUGCCCUGAAGGGGGUCACGAAAAUAUAUACAGAUGCCGAGUUGACCAAGUAUGGGGUCCCGACGAGGCUAGGGAACACGCUGCGGGCAGCAGCGUCGGGCAUCAGCACGGCACCCCUGAAGCCAGCCAUCAACUCGCUGCGGGCGGUCAAGUCUCCUGCCGAGAUAGCAUGCAUGCGCCGAGCCGGCCAGGCCUCGGGGCGUGCCAUUACGAAUGCCAUGCGGCGGGAUUGGAAAUACGAGAAGGACAUUGCCGCCUUCCUCGACUACGAAUACCAAAAGGCCGGGCUCGACGGCUCGGCCUACAUACCGGUCGUGGCUGGAGGACCCAAGGCCCUGCUGAUCCACUAUGUUCUGAACAACGGAUCACUGAACGACGACGAGUUCGUUCUGGUCGAUGCCGGCGGUGAGUACGGGACGUACAUCACCGACAUCACACGGACGUGGCCCGUCUCGGGCAAGUUCACCCCGCCGCAACGGGACCUCUACGAGGCUGUCCUUUCGGCUCAGCGCGCCAGCGUCAGCCUGUGCCGGGAAAGCGCCGGCGUCACGCUCGACAAACUCCACAGCAUCACCGAGACUGCCCUGCGGGAUCAACUCCAGCAGCUUGGCUUUGACGUGGGCGGUAAUGCUAUGAGCACGCUGUUCCCACACCAUGUCGGCCAUUACAUCGGACUAGAUGUCCACGAUGUGCCGGGUUUCUCUCGCGGCACUACGCUCAGCGAGGGCCAUUGCGUAACGGUAGAGCCAGGCAUCUACGUGCCAGACGAUGAAAGAUGGCCCAAGGCUUUCCGUGGCCUGGGCAUCAGGAUCGAGGACAGCGUGGCCGUCGGCGAGGAUAGCCCUUUGAAUCUGACAACUGAAGCUGUCAAGGAGGUGGUUGACAUAGAAGCGCUGAGGGACUAA